AUGAAUCUAGUGGUGGCAGAAGAAGAAAAGCAAGCACAGCACCUUAGAUCGACCCUUCGGUCGACGGGGGACAGGCUUGAUCAGGAAAUGCGCAGGGCAAAGCAGGCUGAAUCUCAAGCAGAAUUCGCAGAACUCCGAGCGCGGGAGCUGGCUGUGCGCGUCAGUGCCGCUGAAACGGGCAAGCGUUAUGCAGAACUCGAUGCUGAGAGGGCCGGCGAAGAGAUGCGGCGACAUCAAAUGCGCAUCGAAAGCCUCGAAAAACAGGUUACAAAACUUCAGGCUGACAUCCGCGUCUUAGAGAGGCAAAGAAAUGAAGCCGAUGAAAGCGCAUCACGAGCGCGGGAUACUGCAAGAAAGUUUCAAACUGAACUUAGCAGGCAGCAAGCAAAGGAGAAAGUAAUAGAAGAAAGUCCGAUAUAUGGUCGGAAGAAGUGGUUCGUAACCGGGCAUAACGAGGGUUGGGAUGCUGGGUAUGCGGAGGGCUAUGACGACGGCAGGGAGGAUGGGUUCGAAGAAGGUAGACAAUAUGGCAUCCGCGAAGGCCGAGAGUCGGGAUUCAAGCAGGGUCGCAUAAUGGAACGUCAGCUUGCGCUUUUUGACAAUUUUUUUACUGCAGAAGUCGAUGAAAAUGGUUAUACAAUUCUAAGCGUUUUGAUGAAUUUAAUGACAAUAGUGCAUCACAUAGCUUUUACUUGUAGUUUCUUCGCGCAACCCCUUCCAUCGCCUGGUCUGGCAAGUGGUCGUCGCAGGCCGAAGAACCUCCCGAGUUUACCUCUGUCUGCGUUCAGCCCACCGAGCACAGGGACUUCUGACAUGUUCCCUUUGCCUCCAACUCCAAGUGCGCUCUUUCCAGGCGAAGUCAUUGACGCUCAUCUGCGGUCUGAUGCACUCGAAAGGGCUGGUCUUGAUCUGGCUGGCACUGAGGUCGCGGGUGCCGUUUUAUUGUUAAACGACCCUUCGAUACCAGAAGGACUGUUGCAAUCUUCUCUCACGCAAAAUGUUCGCAUACUUUCCGUGGCAACUCCCUUCGAGCUUAGCGCCAUCCCAUCGGAUUAUCCAGAUCACUCAGAGUCAUCUGGAAUUCCCCAGUCUUUAUACACCUCAUACGCGGCUUCGCACGAGGCUCCAGAAGCUAGAUCUCAGGCCAUCGAGACUUUGAGAUGGGCAUUCUCAAACAGCCGUCUCGUUGAUAUUGACGUUCAAAGUGACAUCAUGUCGAAUGUCGCAAAGUAUGAAGUGUUCGAGGACCUUCUCAUGAAAGCCACGGCCGAACUUGCCGGAGACAGGAAGGUUUCCAUAGUUCUUUCCAAUAUAUUACCGCCACCCCAUGACUUAAGCCUGCCGAUCGUCAAGCUCCUUGCUGAUCCAAGUUAUCGCAAUUACCAGGCACACACUGCAUCCUUGUCAUUGUUUCCGAAUCUCUAUGUAAAGUUUACGCCUCCCAUGUGGAAUCAAACCAUACCAGGUCCCGCAGAUCCAACUUCAGAAAUGGAUCAACAUCGUGAAUGGAAACGAAAAAUCAAGAUGUUCAUUGGUCCGGUGCUGGAAGCGUAUGGCUACGAACGUAUUAUUUUUGGAACCUCGCCUUCCUUUGCUGCACCCUCGCUCCUGAACCCCGCAGACUGGUAUGCGCUUGUACGCGAGUCAUUUGCAGAGCUUGCGGUGGACCAGGACGCAAUCGACGCAAUCUUUAGUUUAAAUGCAAGGAGGAUCUACGGAAGUCCAUAAUUCCCUUGAAGCUGCCAGCUCUGUACAAAAAUUCCCCAUUUUCUUGACCAGUUUUCGUAAUCGAACGAUAUUGAUAUCGUGUAUGCUUUGGUGCACUGGAAUUUAUGAUAUGAAUCAUGUAAAGUACAUACAUUGACCAACAAACAACGUGUCUACCUCGGACAUUGACAGAGCUAAUAACACGGGG